CCAGAGGUUUGUUUUCUGGUAGCCGCCAUUAAACAAAAGGAUCCCCUGUGGAGAGAGCGCUGGGUUCGAGGAGCAGAGCUGGGACAGGCCGAGGGUUAAGGGGAGGGGAGAACCGGGUGAAAUAUCGGGGCAAACCGUCUGCGGAGGUUGAGGAACCGGAACCGGGGCGCUGCAGGCCCACAGGAAGGAAACAGAAGCUCCGGAAGGCCCGGGCUAGGGGGAACUGAGCCUCGGCAGAAGCAGCGGGAGAGGCUGGGACUACCAGCGUUGAACCUCGGUGUCGCAUCAGCACAGACCAGAGCAAGAGGGGGAUAUGAUGUUUCCUCAAAGCAAUAGCCGCCACUCGGGCUCUUCUCACCUGCCCCAGCAACUCAAGUUCACAACCUCCGAUUCCUGUGAUAGGAUUAAAGAUGAGUUCCAAUUGCUCCAGGCACAAUAUCACAGUCUCAAAUUGGAAUGUGACAAGUUGGCCAGUGAGAAAUCGGAGAUGCAACGACACUACGUCAUGUAUUAUGAGAUGUCCUAUGGCCUAAAUAUUGAAAUGCACAAACAGGCUGAAAUUGUCAAGAGGUUGAAUGGAAUUUGUGCCCAGGUUUUGCCUUACCUCUCUCAGGAGCAUCAGCAACAAGUUCUGGGAGCCAUUGAGAGAGCAAAGCAAGUGACUGCUCCAGAACUGAAUUCUAUUAUCCGUCAGCAACUUCAAGUCCACCAGCUGUCUCAGCUACAGGCUCUUGCCCUUCCUCUCACCCCUCUACCUGUGGGAUUGCAGGGACAUUCAAUGCCUGUCAGUGCAAGCAGUGGCCUUCUCUCUCUGUCUGCACUUGGCUCCCAAGGACAUCUUCCCAAAGAAGACAAGAAUGGUCAUGAUGGGGAUCAACGGCCUGAUGAUGACGGGGACAAGUCAGACUAAGACAUGGAGGAAACCUAGAUGAAUAAAGGUGCAGCGCAGUGGUAACUCUAGCACUGUCUAGUGGAGUUACCUUGUAGAGUAUUAUCCCAACAUGCACUGGAAAUCCUCUUUUUGUCAAAGGGUUAACAAAGCCAGAGACUGUCAGCCAGAAGGACCGCUGUAUAUGUUAUUGGACUAUGACUACAUAUAUAUAUUUGGAAUGUAACGCAAAUUGUAUUGUAAAUUGGCUAAUAAUUUUACCAAAAGCACAAACUCACAAUUUUUAUAGAAAACUCAUGUCAUCAUAUUUCUUUGGUUUAUGGACCACUUUGAGCUGUUUAAGGUCUGUUGUGUGGCUCUUUUGCAGAACAUCUACUAUAUAAUAUAACCUGGUUGGCCCCUAGUGUACAACUUUGUAAUUGCCUAUCUUCUUGGAUCAUUCCUUGCUAAUGGCAAUAGCAGUUUGCUCCGCAUAUAUAUGGGAACAAUUUU